UUGCACUCGUAUUUAAUUUGACCUUACGACCGUGAUAUCAGGUUCAUAUUUACGAAGUGGUUAGCUAAGAUACUUCGUCUGAGUCCCUAGAAUAUUCUUUCAUUCAUAAAACAUGUCUAAUAUCGUAAUAGUUAACACAAAUCCUUACGAGGGACAAAAGCCGGGAACUAGUGGUUUACGUAAAAAAGUUAAAGUAUUCCUUCAAGAAAAUUACACUGAAAACUUUAUACAGAGUAUUUUGGAUGCUAAUAAGAAUGCGAUAGUUGGUUCUACGCUGGUUGUCGGUGGUGAUGGCAGAUACUUAGUAAAAGAAGUCGUUGAUAAAAUCAUAAAGAUAUCAGCUGGUAAUGGGGUAGCAAGACUGCUCGUCGGUCAAAGUGGAAUCCUUUCCACACCAGCUGUAUCUCAUAUCAUCAGGAAAUAUAAAACCUUGGGUGGCAUUGUACUUACCGCUUCGCACAAUCCUGGCGGCAUCAACAACGACUUCGGCAUCAAGUUCAAUUGCAACAAUGGUGGCCCAGCGCCUGAUGGUACCACCAACGAGAUAUACAAGCUAACAACGGCGAUCAAACAGUAUAAAAUAGUUCCAGACAUUAAGUGUGAUAUUGAGACCAUUGGAGUGCAAAGAUUUAAGGUGGCGGACAAUGAAUUCGUCGUGGAAAUAAUAGAUCCAGUAAAGGACUAUGUAGACUAUAUGAAGGAGAUCUUCGACUUUCCGAAGAUCAAGUCUCUCUUGCAGGGCUCCGAGCAAAGGAAACCGUUCAAAAUUCUCAUCGACUCGAUGAGUGGAGUGACGGGCCCGUACGUGCGGCGCAUCUUCGUGCAGGAGUUGUGCGCGGGGGAGGGCAGCGUGCGGCGCGCGGAGCCGCUGCCGGACUUCGGCGGCGCGCACCCCGACCCCAACCUCACGUACGCCGCCGACCUCGUGGCCGCCGUGCAGCACGGGGACUACGACUUCGGGGCCGCCUUCGACGGCGACGGCGACCGCAACAUGAUCAUCGGGCGCGGCGCGUUCUUCGUGACGCCGUCCGACUCGCUGGCCGUGCUGGGCAGCCAGCUGCAGCACAUCCCGUACUUCCAGCGCUCCGGCGUGCGGGGCUUCGCGCGCAGCAUGCCCACGGCCGCCGCCGUGGACCGCGUGGCGCGCGACCUCGGCCACGAGAUGUUCCAGGUGCCCACGGGCUGGAAGUACUUCGGCAACCUGAUGGACGCGGGGCGGCUGUCGCUGUGCGGGGAGGAGAGCUUCGGCACGGGCUCCGACCACGUGCGGGAGAAGGACGGCGUGUGGGCCGCGCUGGCCUGGCUGUCCGUGCUGGCCGCCAGCGGACUGGCCGUGGACCAGUUGCUGCGCAACCAUUGGCAGAAGUACGGCCGGAACUACUUCACCAGAUACGACUACGAGGAGUGCCCCAGUGACCCCUGCAACGAGAUGAUGCAAGAGCUGGAGAAAAAAAUAACUGAGGCUGGAUUCAUUGGCUCGAAGCACACGUCAGGAGACAAGACAUACGUCGUGGCUGAAGCGGACAACUUCUCCUACAUGGACCCCGUGGACCGCAGCGUGGCCAUGAAGCAGGGACUACGUAUCGUAUUUGAAGAUGGUUCCAGAAUAGUGUACCGUCUCAGUGGAACAGGCAGCUCCGGAGCCACUGUGAGAUUAUACAUAGACUCAUACGAAGGUAAGGACGUACUGGGCGACGCUCAGCUCAUGCUGCGCCCGCUCAUCCAGCUCGCCCUGGAGCUGGCGCAGCUGCCGCGGUACACCGGCCGGGACGCGCCCACCGUCAUCACAUAGACACACCUCACGAGUGUGCUCCGAAUCGAUCGCCCAAAGUGUAAAUAAGAACCAAAUAAGAUUUUAUAAUCUGUUUGAAAAACGAUGUAAUAUUUUUUACAUUAAAGUAAUACGGUACGUAAAACAAUCAUCACCCUCAGGUCACACAGGUCACGUGCUACGUAAAUAACCGGUUUAAACUAAAUUAAUCUGGAAUCAAUGAUAAGGUUAUUAAAGUGUUGU